AUGACUUCAAUAGGUCAAGAUCUUAUUUUUGCCUCUCUUCUCUUCUUCUUGCUUCUCUAUCCUUCUCUUGGUGUUGAUGUUGUUGGUGCUGGUACUGGUGCUGGUGCUUUGAACUCUGCUCUCUUCCCUCCUGCUCCUCCUCCCCCCAACUAUUUUCGCAUUUUUGACCAUUUGGCAAGUCUUUUCUCUGACUCUCACUUCCUCCUGUCUGAUCCUCUCCUUCUAGCUCCCUUCCCUCCUCUUCCCUCAAGAAUUUUCGCAAUUUUCACUAUUUGUUCUCUUGCCUCUUCCUCCUCUACAAUAGUUGUGAGCUAUAUAGCACUAUACACUGGUGUACCUUACCACAUUUUCCUGAUGAAGGUUGAGACAUUGGAGAUGAACAGAGGGAUGCAGUGUAUCCACAAAUGCAAAAAGCUGCAGCACGAUGUGGGACACAUUAUUGUGAUUGUUGGAUGA